AUGGCUUUGGCUGCUCUUUCUGUAGCCAAUUCAACUCUCCAGGUUGGGAGCAAGGGAUUCUCCGACUUUGCUGGGCUUCGCAAUUCGUCUUCCUCUCUUCCAUUCGCGAGGACAACAAACGAUGAUUUGCUCUCUGUUAUUGCCUUCCAGACUUCUGUUGUUGGUGGAGACAAGAACAAGAGGGGAGUAGUUGAGGCCAAGCUGAAGGUGGCAAUUAAUGGUUUCGGAAGAAUUGGUAGGAACUUCUUGAGAUGCUGGCACGGAAGGAAGGAUUCCCCUCUUGACAUCAUCGCUCUUAACGACACUGGUGGUGUCAAGCAAGCCUCUCACCUUCUCAAAUAUGACUCCAUCCUCGGUAUCUUUGAAGCCGAUGUCAAACCUGCUGGCGAUGAUGGCCUUUCUGUUGAUGGAAAAAUCAUUAAAGUCGUCUCCAGCCGCAACCCCCUCGACCUUCCCUGGAAGGAUUUGGGGAUUGAUCUAGUGAUAGAAGGUACUGGAGUGUUCGUAGAUAGGGAGGGUGCAGGUAGACACAUUAAAGCCGGAGCGAAGAAGGUUCUCAUCACAGCUCCUGGAAAGGGUGAUAUUCCUACCUACGUUGUUGGUGUAAAUGCUGGCGAUUACAACCCUGAUGAGCCUAUUAUCAGCAAUGCUUCUUGCACUACCAACUGCCUAGCACCUUUUGUCAAAGUCCUUGACCAGAAAUUUGGCAUUAUUAAGGGAACAAUGACAACUACUCACUCCUACACUGGAGACCAGAGGCUUCUUGACGCAAGCCACAGGGAUCUUAGACGUGCACGAGCUGCAGCCCUCAACAUUGUUCCUACCUCGACCGGUGCUGCCAAGGCUGUGGCACUUGUCCUUCCACAACUCAAAGGAAAGCUGAACGGCAUUGCUCUUCGUGUCCCGACUCCCAACGUGUCUGUGGUGGAUCUCGUUGUCCAGGUCGAGAAGAAGACAUUCGCCGAAGAAGUUAAUGCUGCAUUCAGGGAGGCUGCUGAAAAGGAACUCGACGGUAUCUUAUCCGUGUGCGACGAGCCACUCGUGUCAGUGGACUUCAGGUGCACUGAUGUUUCAUCGACAGUUGAUUCUUCAUUGACAAUGGUGAUGGGAGAUGACAUGGUUAAGGUUAUUGCUUGGUAUGACAAUGAGUGGGGUUACUCACAGAGGGUGGUUGAUCUGGCUGACAUUGUUGCUAACAACUGGAAAUGA